GUAACCGUGUUUCACUUCAUUCGUCUUCUUCACUCUCAACACACUAAACCCAGGAUGGCGUGUUUCGCGGCUGCUGAGCUGGCAUCCAGUUUCUUCGGUACUGCUUCUCGCAAUCCAAAACACUUCACUCUUCUUUGCACCAACAACACAAGAAUAAUAACAACACCAAGAACUAAAACUCAUUUUCAACCGUUAAACUCAUCUUCAUUUUCUAGAAUAUUCCGCAACUCUAGCAUUAACAAACUCUCUCGCCGUUUCUCCGUCUCUUCAUCCACGUCAUCCCCGCCUCAAACCGAUAGCUCCGACGAAGUCUCCACUGUUAUUCCACCUGAUAACCGCAUCCCUGCCACUAUCAUCACCGGUUUUCUCGGUUCCGGCAAGACAACGCUGUUAAACCAUAUUCUGACAGCAGAGCAUGGAAAGCGAAUUGCGGUUAUUGAGAAUGAGUUCGGUGAAAUUGAUAUUGAUGGUUCUUUGGUUGCGGCGAAAACGGCCGGCGCUGAAGAUAUUAUGUUGUUGAACAAUGGCUGCCUUUGUUGUACCGUGAGGGGUGAUCUUGUUAGAAUGAUUUCUGAAUUAGUCACUUCCAAGAAAGGGAAAUUUGACCAUAUUGUUAUAGAGACUACUGGUUUGGCGAAUCCAGCACCGAUAAUUCAGACCUUUUAUGCAGAGGAUAAUAUUUUUAAUGAAGUCAAGCUGGAUGGUGUUGUCACUUUGGUUGAUGCCAAACAUGCUGGUUUACAUCUUGACGAGGUUAAGCCAAAAGGGGUUGUCAAUGAGGCGGUAGAACAAAUUGCAUAUGCUGAUCGAAUCAUUGUAAACAAGACUGACCUUGUUGGUGAAUCGGACAUCGCUUCUUUGGUCCAGCGCAUUAGGAAAAUAAACAGCUUGGCCAAUUUAAAGCGGACAGAGUAUGGAAAGGUGAACUUGGAUUACGUUCUUGGCAUUGGGGGCUUUGAUUUGGAGAGGAUUGAGAGCGCUGUUAAUGAUGAAGGAUCAAAAGAAGAAGAUCAUGCCCAUAGCCACGACCACGACCACGAACACGAACAUCAUCACCAUGAUCAUCACCACCAUCACCAUGAUGAUUCACAUGACCACAAGCAUGAUCACCACUCUCAUGAUCAUAGUCAUGACCCUGGUGUUUCGUCUGUGAGCAUUGUUUGUGAAGGAAACUUAGACCUUGAGAAGGCUAACAUGUGGCUUGGUACCUUAUUGAUGGAACGUAGUGAAGAUAUUUAUAGGAUGAAAGGUCUUCUAUCUGUUCAAGGAAUGGAUGAGAGAUUUGUCUUUCAGGGAGUUCAUGACAUAUUUCAAGGUUCACCGGAAAGGUUGUGGGGGCCAGAUGAACCAAGGACAAACAAAAUUGUUUUCAUAGGAAAAAACUUGGAAGCUGAGGAAUUGGAAAAGGGGUUCAAGGCCUGUUUACUGUGAUUAUUUUUUUCCUUUUUUCUUUUGACAUAAAUUUACUGUGAUUCUAAGAAGUUCAUUAAUGUGCCUUAAUCCUUUAUUUUUUCGGAUGUUGCAUGCAGAAUAUGAGUUUUGUCUGUAUACGAUAUAGAACUAUAGACCUGCUUACCAUAUGAAUAGUGGAAAAUGUUCCAUUUCUAAAAUACCUUUGUUCUUUAA